UGCUCUUACGGUAAUAAAAACAGACCUUUACUGGAAAAUUACAGAGAAAACACUUUUAACCCUUUCGGGGUAAAACUAAUACUAUAACUGAUGUGAGUGAAACAUUUAAUCUCAACACUUUCCAACAGUUUAUCAUGUAUGUCUUUCCAAAAAAACUUUUAAAGAAAGCAGUGGCGGCUGGUGCUAAAAGAUUUUUUGGGGGAAAAUAUGUGAUCAGGUCUUCAGUGAACAUGAAAUGUGUCCGAGUAGAUGAACUUGACUUGUGUUUGCAUGUGUUGUCUUUUACAGGGAGUUCAUCUCUAUGUGAACAAUCUGCCCUACAGCUGGACAGAUCAGGAGCUUCAUAGAGUCUUCUUCACGUUUGGGACCAUCACCAAUGCUAAGGUGGUGAGGAACGGCUGCCGCAGCCGAGUGUUCGGUUUUGUGUGUUUCACAAGCUCUGAAGCUGCAGCUCAAGCCAUUUCAGCAAUGAACGGUCGUGUCAUUGUCAACAGACGGCUGAACGUCACCUUCUCGCGGGUCAUGGACUAGGAUACCAUGGUGUCUGCCAGCGACUGCGACUCUCCUCCUGCAGUCCAGCGCACAAAGCCAACGCUGCUUCCUUCU